AUGGCACGUAAUCAAAGAAGAUAUCGUCGUGGUGGACAAGAACAGACUUGGAGAGAGAAAUGGACAAUUUUCAGACAUAAUAGAAGAAAAGCAAGUUGGCAUGAAUUAGUAGCUUACGGAAUAAUUUUAAACGUAUUCGGUGCUGCUCUGUUACUCAUAAAAGCUCAAUUGGAUAAAGAUGUAAUCAAAGCUGCAGUUGAUCAAAAAUUUCGAGAUGCUGGAAUAAAAGUGAAUUCAACUGAUGGAUCAGAUGAAGAGGAAGAAAUAACAGAACCAAGUUCUGUACUAUUGGUUAUGAUUACAAUGGGUGGAAGAAUGGCUAAUGUUGUAGGAACUAUGAAAUUAUAUAAGGGACUUGGCAAAUAUUUGUCAGAUCGCAAACGCAAAAAAUUCCAGUCAACAACCGAACGAAUUCAAAACGGGGAAGCUGAGACAGAAUGUACAGAAUUAUUGGCGGAUUGCUGUCAGAUAUGCUAA